AUCCUCGGCCACCCCAACAUCUAACCAUCCCACUAUGACCACUCUCACGGCAGAACGAUUGGUGAGAUUAGCGUACAAGUAUCCCUCGCUCGAGAACUCAUGGUUCUUGAUUGCGUGUGCAUGUCUCAGCGUCUUGAAUCAACCCCAGGAAAUCCCCAAGGUUUACCACUUUGCCUUGAGACAGCAGCUCUUGGAGUUUAAAAAUGAUGAAAAUCUCUUGAACGACAAGUACCUCCUUCAGCUCGCCCAGGAUUCGAUUUCGUCCAGUGACAAGUUCGAAGAGCUCAGCUCCAUCGGCAUUGGCCUCCCUGACGUGUUAAUACCUUUUACCUACUACCUGAAGCUCCCACUUGGAUUCAAAUUCAAUCAGUCCACCAGUAUUUUUGAGUUUCAGAACUUGCUCACAUUGAAGUUCAGAGAAGUGUUGCUCAAGGUGUGUGGACUCAUUGGAAUUCCCAAGACCAUCAAUUCCUUGACGUACUUAAAGAAUGUCACACCCACCAACUUCCGCAGCCAUAACGUGCCGCAGCGACCCAACUUGAUCAACCACACCAACUUCCCAUCGUCCCAGAUCAUCGAGGAGGAUUCUUGUGGUACCCGCUUGGAUGAACAGAAUGGCAUCGUUGACACCAUCGACGGACCUAUCAGUCCCAACAGUAUCAACACUCCAGUGGUGAUUGACAAUCUUAAGCAAGGCAGUGACUUGUGGAACAAGGUGUACUCCAACAAUUUGAACCGCAAGAUCCGGAACCAGAUAUACCAGGCGUACCCAGACUUGUGGUACUUUAUCUAUCAGGGGUACUACUCCAACAUUUUGAGUUACAGUCAGAUUUUGUCCGAUAAAGAAACCUCCUUGUGCAUCAUCACCAGUCUUAUUCCCCAAGACGUCAACCCUCAAUUGAAGGGCCAUUUACGGGGUGCCCUCAAUUUGGGGGUUCCCAAGGACCAAUUGACGGAUGUGCGCAGCCUUGUGUUUGAUAUCUGUGAUUGGGUGGGGGGAAACUACUGGAAAGGUGGGAAGGAUUCGGUCGCAAAGUUAUGAUUAUAGGCGUAUAUAUUCAGUAAAUAUCAAUUUGACUCUGUUCACAACAGAAUCCGGCUUUCUCUCUGGAUGAGGAACACCUGGAACCCACAGAACAAAAAAAAGGCCAAGUAAACGAGAACAGCUCCAAAUACGGUUUUGGCGACCUCGGGGCCAUUUUCCGGGUCGUUGGUCGAGCCCACCAUCGACUCGUGGCUGAUUUGGAACAAGUAUGCUAUCACAGAGAGGAUCACCACCCCGAACACCGACAAGAUCGUGCAGAAGUACGCUUUUCCACUGGACACCACUGCUUUCAUAUUGGGUUUAGUUGGAGGU